AUGCCCGAGCUACCCGUGCAACCGCUUUCCAUCUCGCUCGAUUUCUUCGACAUGAACGACAUGAACGUCGUCGGCCACCACCACACGCCUCUCUCGUCUGCUUCGUCCUCUUGCUCUGAGCCAAGCAAGCCCAGCUCGCUCUCUUCACAGCUGAAAAGACGCAACAGCAGUAGCAGUAACACCAGCAGUGCCAAAGUGUUGUCGUCCAAGCGCCUCUCGAACGAGGAGAAGCAGGCCAAGAACCGCCUCUUUGUCAAACGAUGCUACUACAAGAAACGCGAGGCCCUCAAGAAUCUGCGCGAACAAGUGGCGCAGCUCGAGAGUGAGUUCGACUCGGUGCUCGCGCACUGGCAGCAACAGAAUGAACACGCAGCCGAAGCGUUUCGCGACGGCAAGCGCUGCAUUACAGCUCAAGAUCUCUACGCAGAGCUCACGACGGUGCGGGGCGCACUUAUUCAAGAGCAGCAACAGCUCAAUCUACGACUGGCGGAUCGCCAUCUCUUUCGUCAACGUCUCCAGCAGCUCUACGAACCUACGCGCUGA